UAAAUAUAUGCAAAAACUAGCCAUCUUGACAUUGGUUCUUGCUCUUGCAGCUUCCAAGUUUGUAGAUACACAUGCAAGCUUGGCUUAGAUUGAUUCUAAUCCAUUUGGAAAUGUUGUGUUGUCAGCAAUCAAGGCACACUUAUAAGCUUAAACACCAGCCAAUGAAGUUAAUAUGUUAUUGAAUGGUGUUGCUGCUGGAUUAUAAUAAGAUUAAAAUGACCAUGAUCACACUUUUGAAGUUGAUACAACCACAAACAACAGAAUCGUCGAGGAUUUGGAAAAGGAAAUCUUGUAUCACUAAAAUCAAAUCUCAUCCAACACUUAAUUGA